AGAAGAGUUGGAUAGGCUACUUUUGGAUAGUAGCGUGGAUGAUAGGUUGUGGUAUAUGGACUCUAUCUUAGGAAAGUUUAGUAGUAGAGUCUAUUAUGAAUUUAACGAGUUCUUGGUUAGACGUUUGAGUUAUGGACAAGCUUAUGGAACAAAUGGAUUCUAUGGUAAAUCGCUGUCCGACAUCAAUAGAAUGUUCACUCCAAGGAAGGCUUCAUCAUUUCAUCAUAGAGUGUGCUUACGGGUCUUAAGCGAUCUAAUGAAGUUUGCCAACAUGGGAUAUGGUAGUUGGGUCCAAUGGAGUCUUCCUCCAAUUGGCUCUCUCAAGUUGAAUAUAGAUGGCUCAUCGAGAAAUAAUAUUUGUAGUGGAGGAGGCAUACUUAGGGAUGAAUAA